AAUUUCGAGAGCUCCAUUGUAGCUCGUACGGAAACCGUCGAUCGAGCGGGCAAAGCUUGCCGGGCCGGGCAGAGGAGAUCACGGAGCGGGGGAAAGCCUGCAUCAGUGUGUAGCCACUAUGGCCUCCCCAGCAGGGCUGUUAUCUGAUGAAGAAGCUGUCACUUCUCCUGUACUGGAGUCCACUGUGGCAGAAUGUGGAGCUGGCUUGUGCCGAGACCUCUUGGCGGAGUUUUCUGCCAUCUCUUCAAGCAGUGAGCAGGCUGCUUCUGAUGACAAUGGAAAAGUGAAGGUGUAUGCAAGAGUGCGACCCCUGAAACCAGCCGAGGUGGAGAAACAGGAAGAUAAAGGCUGUGUCUGUAUUGAGAAUUCCGAGACCCUUCUUCUCAAAGCACCAAAGGAUUCCUUCACCAUGAGAAACACUGAACGAGGGGUUGGUCAGGCGGUGCACAAAUUCACCUUUACUCAGAUCUUUGGGCCAGAGGUGGGCCAGGCGGCUUUCUUUGAUGCAACGAUAAAGGAUGUGGUGAAGGAUGUGCUCCAUGGGCAGAACUGGCUUGUUUACACCUAUGGCGUCACUAAUUCAGGGAAGACUUACACCAUCCAGGGUAGUGGUGCUGAUGCGGGGAUCCUGCCUCGCUCCCUGGCCAUCAUUUUCAAUAGUAUUGGGACGCGGUUGUACCGGGCCACGGAUCUGAAGCCCUUCCUCUCGAGUGAGGUGACCUGGCUGGACAGCAAGCAGGUUCAACAGGAGGAAAUGAAAAAGCAGGCCCUGCUUUGUGGCAAGAUGAAGGAGGAGGAGUUGUAUAAUUCUCUGAAUAAAAAUUACAGCACAGCAUCCCAGCUGCAAGCAGGCACAAGUGGAAGCAUUGACAGUGGCUUAGGUGGCCUCUCUUACAGCUGCCAGUCUGCCAACCUGACAAGCACCAGCCAUCUAGAAGAGACGGGGCUUCGCUGGGCUGACCCAGAUAAUGUCUCAGUGCUGGCACAAGACGAUGUGCAGUUUUCCAUCUGGGUCUCAUUCUUUGAGAUCUACAAUGAACUGAUUUAUGACUUGCUGGAGACGACCACACUUGGCCCAAACUGCAAGAGGCCCACCUUGCGGCUGUGCGAAGAUCAGACCGGCAACCCCUACGUCAAAGAUCUGAACUGGAUCAAUGUUCAACAUGCUGCUGAGGCCUGGAAACUGCUGCAACUGGGCAGGAGAAAUCAGAGCUUUGCCAGCACCCACAUGAACCAGCAUUCUAGCCGCAGUCACAGCGUUUUCUCCAUUCGCAUUCUGCACCUCCAGGGAAGCAGCAGUGGGAUGGAGCCAAAGAUCAGCGAGAUGUCCCUCUGUGACCUGGCCGGCUCAGAGCGCUGCAAAGAACAGAGAACCGGGGACCGCAUGAAAGAGGCAAAUAACAUCAACACCUCUUUGCACACGUUGGGGCGCUGCCUUACUUUGCUGCGCCAGAACCAGCAGGCGAGGCUGAAGCACAGUGUCGUUCCCUUCCGGGACAGUAAGCUCACCCGUGUGUUCCAAGGCUUCUUCACAGGACGUGGGCAGUCCUGUAUGAUCGUUAAUAUCAACCCAUGUGCUUCAUCGUACGACGAGACUCUUCACGUAGCUAAGUUUUCAGCUAUUGCUAGUCAGCUCCUACAAGCUCCUUCAAAGCCCCUGUCGAUUCAGUCUCUCAUCAAGGAGCACAGCCUCAGGAGGAAGAAGAUCCCUGCAGAAGUACCGUAUCAUGAAGCUGAAUCGGACGAAGAGAGCGAGGAUGAAAUGGAUGUGACCACAUAUGACAAAGAGGACCUGUUGUGUGUGGUUGAAGCUGUGCGAGACCUUCUGGUGAAAGAACGGCGGGAGAAGUUGGAGUUGGAAAUGCGUCUCCGCCGUGAGAUCUGCAAUGAGAUGAUGGAUCUCAUACAGAAGAAGGAACAGUGGACCUGGGAGCAUAUGGACAUCCAAAAGGAGAUGCUGGAGGAGGCUUAUGAGGACAGAAUGAACACUCUGAAGGAGUCACUCACAGACUACUAUCAGGAGAAGAUUGAGAGUCAGGAUGAAAAGAUACAAGAACUGCAGGAUGCCUUGCAAGAAGCGGAACGGCAACAGCAGCUCCAGGAGAGAAAGGAGGAGGACCUAGAGCAGACAACGCGCAAAUCCAAACGGCUGGCAGCAGUAACGUCUGCCCAGAAUCAAGCCAAGUUAGAGCAGUGUCAGGCAGAGCUGCAAAGAACUGCAGAAGAGUUGCGUAAAUACCAGAAGAUGCUGGAGCCGCCACUUUCCUCAAAGCCCGUCACGAUGAAUGUGGACCGGAAGCUGGAAGAAGGCCAAAAGAAUGUACGGUUGCUGAGAUCUGAACUGCAGAAACUUGGGGAGUCCCUCCAGUCAGCCGAAAGAGCAUGUUGCCACAGCACAGGAGCCGGGAAACUCCGUGAAACUAUCUCUAAGUGCGACAACAUCCUGGUGAAGCAGGAUCAGACUUUGGCUGAGCUGCAGAACAACAUGAUGCUAGUGAAGAUGGAUCUGCGGAAGAAAGCAGCCUGUAUUGCAGAGCAAUUUCACACUGUGCAGAAGCUCCAAGCAGCACCGACCUCUUGCAGCAAAAAACGGUUGUGUGCCAACAAUGAAAAUGUGCAGCCCAGAAGUCAACCUCCCGUCAAGAAGCCUUUCUUGCACAAUAUCCUGACUCGCACAACAGCCCUGCCUGCUGUAGCAAUAGAGAGCCCCUAUAGUAGUAUCCUACGCACCCGUGGCACUCCAACAUUUAAAUCCAUGGCCUUUGGCAAAAAGCACUGACUUUUGGGGGGUUGUAGUGUACCUGGGCACAAGCAACCAGUUGGUAACUUUUAAUAUUUUCUUUCACGUUAAUGUGUUGAGGCCUGAGCUAACUAAAUCUUUGGCUUCCCAAAGAUGGUUACUUACUAUGCAUGCCCUCUGUUUCAGGCCAGCUGCUAUUCCAGUGUAUAUGGAACCUGGAUUUAUAUUCCUUAUGUUUAUCACCUCUAAUAGCUUAUUUUAUGCAUGUGAAAUGUAUAUUAUCUGUUAACUGUAUAA